AGGGAGUCCAUAGCCAGUAAUUUCUACAGCCAAGAUAGCCUACCUAUCAAUAGAGACACACCCAUGGUUAUAAAAGGAAUGAGUGAGGGCUUCAAGUCCAGCAUAGCCAUAUCCUAUCUGUCCGGCAGCAGCCACACCCUGUUGUCUUGGAAAUAGAUAUAAAACGUCAAGUCAUUUCAGAGACCUCUCCUGUCAAGCGGAUACGAAACGGGACUAUCAGUUACUCUGUCACUCCCAUCAUGGAAGCUCUGCUGAAGUCUAUGCAAAAUACCUCUCCCAAAGCAAGUUCUCAUGCGAUGUGGUGGGGUACACUGGGCACUGUGCGACCCUUCCCCAACUUCAACUCAGAGAAGGAUGCCCGCGAAAUUCAAACUGCCUUGGAGAGCAAAGCCAGUGACGUGAACACUCUGGUGAGAAUCCUGACCAAUCGAAACAAUGCUCAGAGACAGAGCAUCGCGGAGUCCUACCAUAACCUCACACAGAAGGAGUUGUGUCCUGCCCUGAAGAAAGCUCUGUCAGGGGGGCUGGAGCAACUCAUGCUGGGGCUGAUGAUGACCCCCUCUCAGUUUGACGCCCAUCGCCUCAGACAGACCAUGGAGGGUAUUGGUACAGAUGAAGAGAGUCUAUUGGCUGUGUUGUGUACCAAAUCACCACAGCAGCUUAAAGAUGCCACUAUUGCCUACAAACAGGAGUUUGGACGUUACUUGGAGAAUGAUCUUAUCAGUGAGACUAGUAAAGACUUCACUAAGCUGGUACUGGCCAUACUCAAGAAGGAGGAGCUGAAUUCAAAGGAGAUGGUUGAUUAUCAGCUCAUUGACCAGGAUGUUAAGGCUCUGAAUAAUGCUGUGAAUGGUAAGAAAAAGGACCCAGCCCCCUGGAUUCAGGUGUUAACCACGAGAGACUCAAACCAUCUCAACAGAGUGCUAUCCAGGUUGGAGGAUCUGAGAGGGGAAACUGUGGAUAAAACAGUACAGAGUCACUUCUCUGGGGACCUGAGGCUUGGCUUCCGCACUCUAGUUGGCUCCAUCCCAAGUAUUCCUAUGUUCCUGGCCCAGCGGCUACACAGCAACAUUAAGAAAGGCAGUUUAGUGCAGGGGAUUCUUAUCAGCCACAGUGAAGAGGACCUCCUCUGUGUGAGAAUCGAGUAUCGCAAACUGACCAACACUUCACUCUACUCUACAUUGCAGAAAGAAUACAAAGGGGAGAUGCAGCAGGCUCUCCUAGCCUUGUGUCGAUCUGAAGACCUGUAAAAGAAGAAUACCUUUUAACCAACACACAGUAUUGUCACGUUGGUAUAAAGGGAUCGGGAGACAGGUGCAGGAAUGCGUAAUAGUUUUUUUUAUUUAUCCAAAUUACAGCGUGCCGUAUAAAGGCACGGGGAUGAAGACCAAACAAACACUAUACAAAACACAGGGUUGAGACCCAAACAAAAGAGCGAGGAGUAACACGAAUAAAUACACAAGGAUUAUCACACAGGACGAGACCCGUAAUCAUCUUCACAAUAUACGUGUCACGAAAGCCAAAACAACACAGCACAGGUACUCACACGACCAACGGACAUUGGAACAAAAAUCGACAGGACAAUGGUGAACAAAGGGCACACUUACACAGUUACUAAUCAACUGGGAAUAGGGACCAGGUGUGCGUAAUGACAGUUCCGGAGGGAUCUGUGACAAGUAGAUAUUAUUUCCGUUGUUGUAACCUAAUGACUGGUAUUAUGUCACUCCGUUAAACAAUUUACACGUCUUUGAUAUUUUAGCACAUUUUGCCAUAAUUUGACCAAGUCUAUAUCACCCAUAGUGCUAACCAUUAUGAAGGGGUAAUUUGCCUUAAAGUAACCGAAUUUCAAACAUCUAACACCUUUGUUUCUACUAUGAAUAUCAUCUAGUGUGUGUGUGAGUUGGUGGAGAACAGGGACCAGGCGCUUCAAAUUCUAAGUGUCUCUCUCCCUCUGUUCGUCCUAAUCCCAGGUCAAUGUCAGCCAGAAAGUAUUAAUAUCCCUCAAGCAUCUCAUAGCUAGCAUCUCAGACUCCCCUCAUCCCCUCCCCAUCAUUACCCACCCUCCCACCAUGACCAAGGGCUGGCUGGGCCUAUGGAUUGUCAAUCAGUAAAAAUAGAAGCACUUUCAUCCUAUGGCAGUGUUUCCUCUACCAUUAUAUAAGCAAUGCACCCCGUCCCCCAAUUAUGUUGUUGCCACUCCCGAAGCUCGACAAGAGGUGUCACCUGAUUCAAUCGGUUUUAAUCAGAUGUGAUUGUAACGUCUGCUUCCAACUCACACUCUCAAACACGUAGAUCCCCUGAACGCAGCUCACUUUCCAGCCCACUUUCCAACUCACACUCUCAAACACAUAGAUCCCCUGAAUGCAGCUCACUCUACAGAUCCCAAUCACCUCAAUUCUGAUCACCUAUUCACACACCUGUAUGUCAUUAUCACACACUAUUUAGUUUGGUUCUUUGCACCUCAUUAUUGUGAGGUAUUGUUUGUUUUGUGACACACUUCUAUUCGGAGCUCUGUUUUUCCAGUAAUUUACUCCUCCCAUGUCUGAUAGUUUUUGCCUGCCUCACUAACGACGCCUUUUGCCUAUUCCCUGCCUGUACUUAUCGGAUUUCCUGCCUGUACCUAUCGGAUUUCCUGUUAUCAACCUAUUGCCUGAUCUCCCGGACGACUUUACUAGCCUUUUCCCUGCCUGUACUGUUGCCCUUUUGGACCCCUGUGUAUGACCUUCUGCCUGCCCCUGGACCCAGCCACCUGCCUCCUCAUGUGGUCUUUUACAAUAAACACCUGCUGCGCCCUGCGCUUGAAACCA